AUGGGCAUCGAUUUGCCUUCUGGACAGAGGAAGCAUCCCUUCUCCUCCAGGGAACUCUCCAGCCUGUCUUCAGGGUGCCUCUUCAAGGCAACCUCUUCCAAGCCUUUGUCAAGUCCGGCGGAACAGGUGAAAGAGGACAACAAUGAGAAGUGUCAGGAAAAACUCAAGACCAACCUGAAAAUGAGGUUCCAGCGUGUGUUUGGGAUCGCUAAACAAGGAGAGUCCACCGUCCUGAACCAGAUCUACACAGAGCUCUACAUCACAGAGGGAGGGACUGCAGAGGUCAGUGAAGAACAUGAGGUCAUUCAGAUUGAAACAGCUUCCAGGAAACCAGACACAGAAGAAAGAAGCAUCAGACCAGAGGGCAUCUUUCAAGUAUCACCUGGAAGAUCUCAACCAAUCAGAACGGUGCUGACAAAGGGAGAGACUGGCUUUGGGAAAACAGUCCUGACACAGAAGUUCACUCUGGACUGGGCUGAAGACAAACAAAACCAGGACAUCCACUUCAUAUUUCCAUUCACCUUCAGAGAGCUGAAUGUAGUGAAGGAGGACAAGUUCAGCUUGGUGGAACUUGUUCAUCACUUCUUCACUGAAACCAAAGAAGCAGGAAUCUGCAGCUUUGAAGGAUUCAAGGUGAUCUUCAUCUUUGAUGGUCUGGAUGAGUAUCGACGCCCUCUGAACUUCCACCAGACUGAGAUCCUGACUGAUGUAACAGAGCCCACCUCAGUGGAUGUUCUGCUGACAAACCUCAUCAGGGGGAACCUGCUUCCCUCUGCUCGAAUCUGGAUCACCACACGACCUGCAGCAGCCAAUCAGAUUCCUGCUGACUGUGUGGACAUGGUGACAGAGGUCCAAGGGUUCACUGAUCAACAGAAGGAGGAGUACUUCAGGAGGAGGUUCAGAGACGAGGAGCAGGCCAGCAGGAUCAUCUCCCACAUCAAGACCUCACGAAGCCUCCACAUCAUGUGCCACAUCCCGGUCUUCUGCUGGAUCACUGCUACAGUUCUGGAGGAGGAGCUGAAGAGCAGAGAGGGAGGAGAGCUGCCCAAGACCCUGACUCAGAUGUACAUCUACCACCUGGUGGUCCAGGCCAAAGUCAAGAAGUUCAAGUAUGAUGGAGGAGCUGCCACAGAUCCACACUGGAGUCCAGAGAGCAGGAAGAUGAUAGAGUCUCUGGGAAAACUGGCUUUUGAUCAGCUGCAGAAAGGAAACCUGAUCUUCUAUGAACCUGACCUGACAGAGUGUGGCAUCGACCUCAAAGCAGCCUCAAUGUAUUCAGGAAUGUUCACACAGAUCCUUAAAGAGGAGAAAGGCCUCCGCAACAGUGUGUUCUGCUUCAUCCAUCUGAGCCUUCAGGAGUUUCUGGCUGCUCUUCAUGUCCAUCAGACCUUCAUCAACUUUAGAAUCAACCUGCUGGAGCAGAAACAAACCUCCUGGUGGUCGAACCUGUUGAACCAGAAACCUAAUCUCCACCAUCUCCAUCAGAGAGCUGUGGACGAGGCCUUGAAGAGUCCAAAUGGACACCUGGACUUGUUCCUCCGCUUCCUCCUGGGUCUUUCACUGGAGACCAAUCAGAGUCUCCUUCGAGGUCUGCUGACACAGACAGGAAGUAGCUCACAGACCAAUCAGGAAACAGUCCAGUACAUCAAGAAGAAGCUGAAUGAGAGUCUGUCUGCAGAGAGAAGCAUCAAUCUGUUCCACUGUCUGAAUGAACUGAAUGAUGGUUCUCUGGUGGAGGAGAUCCAACAGUCCCUGAGAUCAGGAAGUCUGUCCACAGACGGUCUGUCUCCCGCUCAGUGGUCAGCUCUGGUCUACAACUUACUGUCAUUAGAAGAAGAUCUGAAGGAGUUUGACCUGAAGAAAUACUCUGCUUCAGAGGAGGCUCUUCUGAAGCUGCUGCCAGUGGUCAAAGCCUCCAACAAAGCUCUGUUGAGCGGCUGUGGUCUGUCAGAGAGAAGCUAUAAAGCUCUGUCCUCAGUUCUCAGCUCUCAGUCCUCCAGUCUGACACAUCUGGACCUGAGUAACAACGACCUGAAGGAUUCAGGACUGAAGUUUCUGUCUCCUGGACUGGAGAGUCGUCACUGUAACCUGGAGGCUCUCAGGUUGAGCGGCUGUGAUCUGUCAGAGAGAAGCUGUGAAGCUCUGUCUUCAGUUCUCAGCUCUCAGUCCUCCUGGCUGACUGAUCUGGACCUGAGUAACAACGACCUGCAGGAUUCAGGAGUGAAGCGUCUGUCUCUUGGACUGGAGAGUCCUCACUGUAACUUGGAAGCUCUCAGUCUGUCAGGGUGUCUGGUCUCAGAGGAAGGCUGUGCUUCUCUGGUCUCAGCUGUGAGAUCCAAGUCCUCCCAUCUGACAGAGCUGGACCUGAGCUACAACCAUCCAGGAGACUCAGGAGUCAAACUGUCUGAAGCUGUGGAGGAUCCACACUGCAAACUGGAGACUCUCAGGGUGGACCAUGGUGGACAGCAGUGGCUCAAACCUGGUGUGAGGAAGUAUUUCAUUCAACUUGACCUGGAUGAAAACUCCAUGAGCAGAAAGCUCCAACUGUCCAACAACAACAGGAAGGUGACACAUGUGGAGGAAGAGCAGCCGUAUCCUGAUCAUCCAGACAGAUUUGAUUACUGGACUCAGCUGCUGUGUAGAAAUGAUCUGAGUGGUCGAUGCUACUGGGAGGUCGAGUGGAGCGGGAAUCUUGAUAUAUCGGUGAGCUACAGAGGAAUUGAAAGGAAAGGAGGCAGUCACUUUGGAUGGAAUCAUCAGUCCUGGAGUCUGGAGUGUUCUGAUGGACGUUACUCCGUCUGUCACAAUACAGCUAUAACAUCCAUCUUCUCCUCCUCCUCCUCCUCCUCCUCCUCCUCCUCCUCCUCCUCCUCCUCUGGUAGAGUAGGAGUGUAUGUGGACUGUCCUGCUGGCUCUCUGUCCUUCUUCAGAGUCUCCUCUGACUCUCUGAUCCACCUCUACACCUUCAACACCACAUUCACUGAGCCUCUCUAUGCUGGAUUUACACUCUGGUCCUUUGGUUCUUCAGUGGUUCUGUGUGAUCUGUAGGAAGGACGUCUCUGUCUCUGACAGCAGGAAGGAGGAGGAGCCCAUCAGAAGGUGGGGGAGGUUUAUUAAAAAGUCACUCCAGUAAAGAUCUGAUUUCUGCUUUGUGCCAUCUUGUGUUUGUUGUUGUUUCAUUGUUGCCUUGUUUCUUGAAAUAUUCAAUCACAAAGUAAUAAAGUCAAAGGAACUUUGUCUC